CUCCUACUUCUGGUGGUGGUGUGGGAAAACAAACCCACCAUGAGCUGAUCCCUCCCCUUCGUCCGGCCCGAAACUAGCCCUGUUUGCCAAAGGGGUGUCGCAGGCCGACUGCGAGGUGGACUUCGGGAGGCGGGGCGUCGACCCCCGAACGUCGUUCCCCGUGCCGAGCUCCGCGGGCGACACGUACUCGGAGUGCCUGGAGCUGUUCGCGCCAAUCGACCCGGCAGCCUGUUCUUACGAGGUCUCGGGCAUGAAGGUCGAGGUGAAGCUCGCAAAGAAGGACGUCGGGCUGCACUGGAAGGACCUUGAGAUACAGGAGGCGCCCGAGGAGCUGCCAGCCUGCCAGCCCGAUCAGCCCGCCUACCCGACGUCCAACAGGGCGAGGCGCGACUGGAGCCAGAUCGACCGCGACAUCGACGCGGAGCUGAAGGCCGAGAAGCCGGAGGGCGACGAGGCUCUCAGAGGAGGGCGAAAGGAGAUCUACGAUCGGGCCGACCCCGAGACGCGCCGCGCCAUGAACAAGUCCUACCAGACCUCGGGCGGCACGGUGCUCUCCACGAACUGGGGCGAGGUCGCGCGCGCCGACUACGAGGGCAAGGACAGGCCGACGCCCCCCGAGGGCCAGGAGUGGGGGCGGUAGGUGCCGCCCCUGCCCCUCCCUCCCGCGGUAGGCGCCGCGGGCUGCGCGGGCUGCGCAGGGUCCAGCUGGCGCGCCGCCGGCGCGGCGCCGCAGGUCGCGGGGGAGAAGGCUGCACCUCGGCCACGCGCAGAGGAGCAGUUGCAGCCAGACGGCCGGCUCCUCUCUGCGUGCGCCGCGCGAAAGAAAGCGCCUCGCCCGCGGCGGGCGACAAGGGGCGCGCCUCGAUCUCGGUGCUGCCGAGCGUCGUCUCGGCUCCGGGCGGUCUGGGCUCCAGGCCUGCCCCCGGGGCCUACCCCCAGAGACCUGCCCGAGGGCCUACGUCUAGGCCUACCCUGGGGCCUGCCUACCCCAAGGCCUACCCCGAGGCCUACCCCAAGGCCUGCCCCAGAGCACCAUCUCGAAGGUGGGGGUUCAUGCAGGGCUGCGCGACCUGCCUCUCCGCGACCGGACGGGCAAGCCAAGGGAGGAAAAAACACCCGGACCGGACGCUUGGCGUUCACGAAACGG